GCAUAAAAUCGAGCACUCAAUUCACGUACUAAACUGACAGAACGAUCAAGAACCUAAUCAAAAAUCCGAGAAUCAAUACCGGACUAUCACAAGUUCAAGGUAAACUCAUCAUUAGGAUCAUUCCUAAUCACAAUGCUAUUUCCAUAAAUCUCCACAUAAUCAAAUAUCUCCAAAUUCGUUCUUAUAUCACAAACUAAUCAUUUAAAUCCCCGUUAAUUGUUGGCCCUCGGGGUGUGAACAGUAACCGGUGAACAGUGCCGGUGAACAGUGACCCCAACAUGAACAGUAACUCUACUUCCACAAAUUGGCCAAAACACUAGCUAAUCUCACAGGAUUUUCUCCAAAAAUCACAACAACCAUCUAACACUCAAUCACAUAAAUCUCACUUGAAUUAAGCAACAAAACACACUUAAAUCCCUCUUAAUUGCUACCGGAAUUUCCCCAUUUCCUAGCCAAAUUCGGACAUCACAAGCAGCAACUUUAAAUGGAUAAUUUAAGCCUUAAAAGGCUGUCACAUACCAUAAAUCCAGCAAGCAAAACCGGAGUGCAGAUUGGGGAAGGCCGGCGGAAUCUGCAGGGGGAAGCUCACGGAUCGAAAAAAAUGCCCAGAAAUCACCCACAAUCAAGAGCAGCCGGCGGAAGGACAAAGCAGAGCAGGGCAGAUCCGGCUUUUCCAGCAGGGGGGGAGAUUUCUGGGUUCUAGAUGUGUUCUAGAGCAAGAAAGGAAGGAGAAAACCAAGCUUAUCUCACCGGUUUCUCAAAGCAUGGCUGGUUCCCCUUUUUUUUUCUUCGGGUGGCUACAACGGGAAGAAGAAGAGCAGAAUCGGGAAUGGCUGGGAAGAAAAGAAAGAAAGAAAAAGAAAAAGAAAAGAAGUCAUCCUUA